AGCUUACUCUUGGCUCAAAGAGUAGCAGGCUGGAAAGGCUCGCUGAGCCGGACCUACAGACCACCGAUUUCCAAAGCAGGGGCUGAGAGCGAGCCAGGAUGAGGAACAUGGCCAUUGAGGUGGAGGAUGAGUCGGAUUCCACACUCCUCAGCCAGCCGCCCAGCGCCAACUCCCCGGCCUUCAAGAACGCCAUGGCUGCAGUCUUGGUGGGUGUGAUCAUGAGCACCGUGGUGGGCGUGACCGUCUACCAAUCCACGCGGCCUGCCAACAGCCUGGCCAUGCGGGGUGCGCGAGAUGGCUUAGAGGCGCAGGUGCUGAGCGAGAAGUCGGAGUACUUGAUCUCUCUAGGCUUGGGCAGUGUGUGCCGUAUGAGCCCAGAGGACACCAAUCUGGUGCCUAAGAAGGCGAAGGUGAUUCACGGCAUCAGCAGCGAGAAAUGCCAGAAGGAGUGCGAGGCGGAGGCUGAAUGCCGGGCCAUGGAAUACCGGAAUUCCGAGCAACGCUGUGAGAAGUGGUACACCCCGGCACGGUGGCACAAGAAUCUCGUGGAGCACAAGACCGUCAACGGGAACCCGGACUUCCACUGUCUGGUGAAGUCCGGAAGGUGCGAGACCUUGAAGUUGCACAAGAAGGUUUUGGAGGGUGAAAUGGAUGAGCUCUUGGAUCAUAUCAAGAACAACUGCAUGGAGGGUCCAAGUGGUGACAAGUAUAAUAUGUGCUCCUCGCAGUACGCCCAGAGUAUGCUCAACACGAACAAGAGGCUCUGCGAGGCCAUGAUGAGUUCCUGCGCCGAGGAGGUGCAAUGCGAAUGACGACGAAGAUCGUUUGACGCGAGCCUCGACAUGAGACCGUCCUGAAUGGCCCAAAGUCGGUCGGCUGAAUAAGUCUCAGCCGCGAAUUACCAUGCCACGAUAUGCCUUCAGCGGCAUUUUCAUGGGUUCCGUCGUGACCCCAUCCACCCUAGAGGCCGUACCCAAAGACCGUGACCAGCGGAU